UUUCCAUCUCCCUCUCUCUCUCUCUCUCUCCCUGUCUCUAUGUUAAAUGUGAUUCAGAGCAAAGGGCAGCCUUCAUUUGUCUUGUAGCUGAGAUUCCCCCAACCCCUGCAUGAUCUCCGGCAAUGGCCUCCGCCUGCGUCAACAACAUCGGCAUGUCGCCGGAAAACUUCCCCGCCCCAUCCUACCCCACCUACGGCUGGCUCAGCCCCACCCGCGUCUCUUUCACCCCUGACGACGACUACUCCAAGUCCUCCGCCGCAGCAUUCCGGAGGCAGCCCCCGCCGCCGCCGCCUCAGCAGCAGGAGGAGGACACCAACCUCGCCAAGCCACUUCAAGUAGAUAAUCCGGCGGAUGCAAAUGCGGAUCCGGAUCCGGAGCCGUCCUGCGGGGACUUCGAGUUCUGCCUCGAAGAUCCGGUGGCAAUGCUGCCCGCUGACGAGCUCUUCUCCGACGGGAAGCUCGUGCCGCUCCAGGUGUCAGUGCUGAAGCCCGCUGCUAGGGCCGUGGCCUCGACGGAGGUCAACUCACUGGACCUAGCGGAGCGGCGCCGGAGUAGCGACAUGUCCGCCAUGGAUCUCUACCUCUCCUCUCCCAAAGCUCCGAGGUGUUCCAGCCGGUGGAGGGAGCUCCUAGGUCUGAAGAAGCUGUCUCAAAACGCAAAUGCCAAGGCCCCCGCCGAGUCCACUGCGUCUCGUAGGAACUCGACGUCGUCUUCAUCGUCGAACCCGAAAUCCUUCAAGAAUUUCCUCCACAGAAGCUCCAAGGCCUCGAGCUUCUCGGAUUCCAACCUCAACAUGCCCCUCCUCAAGGACUUGGAUUCCGAUUCCGUCAUGAUCUCCUCUCGCCUGUCGCUGUCCUCUUCGUCUUCCGGAGGCCACGAGCACGAAGAUCUUCCCAGGCUCUCACUCGACUCCGACAAGCCGUACUCGAUCUCUCUCCACAAGAACCCGAACGUCACCAAUGUUCCCAGGAUGAGACUAGUGAAGCCGAGAGCGGACAACCCCAAGCCGGCGGCAGACAACUCGACGGCGAAUAGGGUCGGCCAGAGUCCGGUCAGGAGGACGCCGGUGGAAUCCGGCGGUCUCACCCCUAGGGGAGUAUCCGUGGACAGUCCCAGGAUGAACUCUUCAGGCAAGGUAAUAUUCCAGAGCUUGGAGAGGAGCUCGAGCAGCCCGAGCAGCUUCAAUGGCGGCCCGAGGUUCAUGCACCGGGGCAUGGAGAGGUCCUACUCGGCCGGGGUCCGGGUGACUCCGGUCCUCAACGUCCCCGUGAGUUCGCUCAUCGGAUCGUCCAAGUCGGGCUCCGUCUUCGGGUUCGGACCGCUCUUCUCUUCUUCGCCCCAGAAGCGGGAAGCCAACGGGAACGGAACCGGCAGCACCCGCGGCCACAGCCACCACCACCACCACCAGCACAACGGUAGCCGGAACAACCGGACGGAUCAUCGAACCUGACCGGAGCAGAGAGUUCGUUGUUUUGAUUUAGCCUUCAACAGGGGGGUUGGUAACGUGACGCCAUGACAAGACUUGUUUUUUAACCGUCUUUCUUUCUUUCUAGUGGGGGGUUUUUAGUUAAAUCAAAACCUCCGAGCUUAGGACUUAGGAAGAGCUGUUUUAGCUUUUUGGUGGGUCGUCUCGGUAGGUUUUUUUUUUUUUGUCUUUUUUGUCUUUUUUGAAGCAAACGGCAGCUUGCGGCCGGUGACACUGUUCGCGGUGUGGGGGAUGAGUUUGCUUUUCCCUUUUCCUAACAGAAGAAGAAGAAGAAGAAGAAGAAAGAUUUGAAAAGUCAUCAUCAUGUAAAUAUUGCGGGUCCCCAUUAAUCACCAUUUUCGUUCGGCUCUGCAUUCGAUAGCUGUUUAGGAGCUAACCAAAAUGACGUAUGGUGAUGGUGAUGAUGAUGAUGGGUUGGUUCUCAGGAUGGUGGUGGUGGGGGAAGUUUAGGGGCCUUGUCAUUUUCCAUGGAAGACAUCAAGAGUACACUUUUUUAUUCCUAUUUAGCAUUUUCAUCCAUCUCUCGUCACUUUUUCCCUGCCGGAGUACAAUCUUCUCUCUGGACAAACCCCAUAUAUACAUUGCUUUGCCUUUUUGAUGCUUUGGUGGGGAUGGGGAUGGGGAUGGGAAUGGGGAAGUUUGGGAAAUGAUGCCAGAGAUUCAAGACAGAGAGUGUAUCAGAGGCGCCAGCUAAUGCAUCAUUAUGCAUAUGCCCCCCCUCGCCCUCCUCAGCUUUUCUUUCGCCCUUUUCCUGUCUUUUCAUUAAUUUAAUUAAAUAAUUUAUAAAAAUGGGAAAUUCUGAAAUGGAGUUGGGUCCGUGAUAGUAUAAAGAGAGCAAGAGGGAAGAGGAGACGAGAGAAGAGGAGCGUAGUCUCUGGUCUUGUUCGGGGUAGAAAAGGUUAGGUGGUCGGUGGGCUGAUUGUGGUCCAAUUAUUACUGCUCAAGCCCUCUCCCCCCUUAUAUAUUAAAAGAGAAGAAACUAGUCUGAUUAAAGUAAUAUCCAUUUUGCUAAGUAGACAGUAUUAAAGAAGUGACCUGGGACAUUUGUUUAA